AUUUAUUGCAACUUCACAAGUUGUUAUAAGUUAUCUAUUAUAUAAUUUUGCUGCUUUUAACUAUGAGAUUACAUUAUUAGAAGCUUGAUAACAUAUUGAAUGUUAAAUAUUCAUAAAAAUGUCAAUCGCUGUUAAUCAGUUAAAAACUGAUUUGAGGAAGAGAAUUAAAAAACAUCUGAUGAACAUGGAUCCUGCUGUGAUUGUUGAACAAUCUCAGUCUAUUAUUAAACAGGUUUUAUCGUGUGACAAAUUUAAACAAAGCUCUAGAAUUGGUAUUUACUUAAGCUUACCAGAGGAAGUACCAACAUAUGAUAUCGUCAAACGGAUUCUCAAAGAAGGAAAGGAAUGUUUCAUACCAAGAUAUAACAAGUUGGAAAUGAGGUUGGUAAAGCUUUAUUCACUUAAGGAUUUAGAGGCUCUUCCUGAAACGAGUUGGAAAAUUAAACAGCCCUUAGACACAGAUGAACGGGAGGAUGCUUGUGCGAAAGAUGGACUUGAUUACAUUAUAGUUCCGGGUCUAGCUUUUAGCGAAGGAGGUGACAGACUAGGCAGAGGUAAAGGGUAUUAUGAUAAAUAUUUGAAGGAGUUACAAGUUUUCAAUGCUGAGAGGAAUUUAAAUCCUACUUAUGCCGUUGGUCUUUCAUUUAUUGAGCAGAUUGUUGAUGAAAUUCCAACUUCAGAACAUGACUUCAAACUUGACAAGGUGUUUUAUCCUCAAUGACAACAAAAGUUCAUUGUCUAAAGACUUAUAGCAAUCACAAAAUACAUAUGAUCUUAUUAUGUAUUAUGUUUAAAUCAUCAUCAUACUGUUAUUUUUCAGUUACUGGUCUAGGUAUAUUUAUCUAUCUGUAAUAUAUGUUUUAAUAUUAGAGGAAUGAUUUAAAAAAUAUAUAUUAUUUUUAAUCACUUAUGUACUUAGUUGAUAGAGAUUACCUCUGUGCAUCACUACUACUAAUAGUUUAAUGUAUAAACUAUUGCAGUUCAUUGUGAUUUAUUUUAUCACCUAUGUUUUAGUUGGUAGAUUUUUUCUUUUCAGUUAUCAAAGUUGUUUUCACAAAAAGCAUUUCAUGAAAAAGUCUUUCAUUUUUUUAUCUUCAGCUGUUUAGAAAGGUUUAUUUAUCUAUUUAAAGAAAGGUAUAUGGCUGAAUUCAUAAAUUGUAUUCGAGUAAAAUGUUUCAUUCUAUUAGGGUAUAAUUUCACUUAACUAUUUCAGAUACAAAACUCGUUCAUCCCUGAGGGAUUUUUAAUCUUUGAUAUAAAUGAAAAAUACACUUGAGUAUUUUUAUUUUUUUAAAUUAUAUUCAAAAUCAUAACCGAUAUCAGGAGUCUCCAAGUUUUCCUACAGGAUGGUACAUUUAUAGGUUAAUAGUAAAGUAAAGUAAUAGUAAAGUAGUUAAUAGUGAACUAAUUUUCUCAUUUGUUUUUUCUGGUUUCAUUUUAUGAUUUUUCAUUGUUUGAUAUUAUUAAUAAUAAUAAAAAUCUGAUGCGUGCGACACACAACUUUCAUUUACCGCUCAAAUUUGAAUAUAAAUUAUUUUCUGGCCAUGUUGGAUUAUUAUAGAAUUUUUUAAUUGCAUUUUUAAGAGAGCUAAGGCUAAACAAUUACAGCUAACAAAUCAUAAACACUAUUUAAAUAAUAAAAGUUUUAUUUAUUUUAUCAUCGGUUGAUUAUGGAUUGCACGAUCUGUUGAUUAUGGAUUGUACGACUAUUAGUUAUUAAACUGUUAUUUUCCAUCUCAAAGUUUACUAAAACGGAAUUAAGAGAUUUGCAUUGUCUGUCAUAGAGAGGUCAACGAGGAAAGACUUAAAUGUUAUUAAAGACCACUUAAUUACACAAUGAUACACCGUGUUUAAUCAAAAUCGUUAGUCGUUUUAUGAGAAAAUUGUUGAAAUGUGUUUCACCAUUGAUAUAAAGUGGCACUUCCGGUAAUCCGAUUUUAAGGAAAAAGUUGCUGUCACAUCUAAGGCAUAUACCUAUCUUAAAUAAAUAAUAUCAGUUUCGUACGACUUUUCAUUUUUGGGCUAGCCUGCUAACAUACAGACACACAGACUAUUUUUUGGGACUUGGUUAUUUGGACUCAGGGUACCCCAAACAGUGUAUUUCCGUUGACAACUAAGAUUAAAAAUUUUUCGCAAUAUCGCAAUACUUACCCUUACUAUAUAUUAUAUAUAUUCAUAAAUGAAAGUAAAAAAUGCAACAAUUAUUAAAGAUGACGUCACACGCUACAAUUAUGUCCAUGGGCACUCGUUUGGAGACCCCUGACCUAUUUGGAUAUUUGACCGAGUGAAAUUUACUGUUUUUUUUUUUUUUUUGAACAUGUAAUUGUCAAUUCUUUGAAAAAAUUAUUAAGGAAUGUUUAAGCUAAAGCUUUUUUUGAAACUUUGUCUGCUUGUGUCAUUGAGGUUUGCUUUUUACAGGAAAACACACACACCCUUCUUCAUCUGUGAAGCAAGUUUUUUUCUAUUUCUUCAAUAAUAAAUUAUAGAACAAUAAUAAAUAUAAAUGAAACCUUACACAAAACACUUGU